AUGGACCGCGUCCCCGACCCGCACACGUCCUUCCGGCACUUCUUCACCUGGGGCCUCGUCGGCGCCAACGCCCUCGUCUUCCUCAGCUGGCAGGACCUCAACAUCCACACCCUCGACAGCAUCUACCACGCGCAACCAACGCGCGACAGCAACAGCAACAACAAGAGGUCUAGAUUCUCCCUACUGCGCCGACAGAAGUUCAUCAAGGAGAACUUCCUCCUCUCCCAGCGUAACCUGCGCCAGGGCCGCUGGUGGACCGCCCUCACCUCAGCCAUCAGCCAUCGGGACCCGGUCCACCUACUGACCAACAUGGCCGCGCUGACCACGUACGCCCGCCUCGCGCUGCAGCACUGCGGUCUCUCACCUUACGCCGUAAUCAUGCUUACACUCGGCUCCGCGGCCGCCGGGUCUGUGGCCACGCUCACGGACUGGAAGCGCAAGGGCUUUGGCGCGGGGCACAGUCUUCAGGAGGGUGGAGGGAGGUACUCGCGCGUCGAGGUCGCGGCGCACGGCGCGAGCGUCAUGAUCUGCGGGAUGGGCGUGGCCGUCACGGCGCUGCGGCCUUGGACCCGCGUCGUGCUGGUGCCGCUGCCGGUUGUGCUGCCGUUGUGGGUGGUCACGACGGGGCUGCUGAUGUGGGAUUAUGCGAAUGUGGAGAGUGCUACUUCGUGCGUGGGACACGCUUGUCACCUCGGCGGUGCUGCUUUUGGGGUCUUGUUUUUGGGGUGCUGA